ACUUCGAGUUAUGCCAGCUUGUUGUUGUCGUCGUAAAUAGCCGACGAGCUGUCACGAUCAAAAAAACCUAAAAAUGGAUAAUAUUCUAACGUGAACGUGUUAAAUUAAUGUUGGAACAUGGGUUUCAUCGAAGACACAUUCAUCAUUCUUAUCACUCAGAUACUCUUCUUCUUAGGAGGAUGGGUUUUCUUUGUGAAACAGCUCUUUCGGGACUACGAAGUCCACCACAGGCUAGUCCAGCUCAUUUUCUCAACAACCUUUUCACUGUCUUGCACCAUGUUCGAAUUGAUCAUUUUUGAAAUCGUUGGUGUUCUUGAGAGCAGUUCCAGGUCAUUCCACUGGAAAGUUGGCCUUUAUUCAUUAUUAUUCAUGGUGAUAGUUUUGAUACCAUUCUACAUUGCCUACUUCAUCAUUAGUAAUAUUAGCUUUGUAAGACUGAACCUGAUAAGGCCUUUAACUGUUUUGGUCUACCUUUUUUACCUAUAUUUAUUCUGGAAAUUGGGAGAUCCAUUUCCAAUACUUAGUCCAAAGCAGGGCCUUCUGUCAAUUGAGCAGGGAGUAAGUAGAAUAGGUGUCAUUGGUGUGACAGUGAUGGCCCUUUUAUCAGGUUUUGGUGCUGUGAAUUAUCCCUACUCGUCAAUGGCUUACUUUAUGAGACCAGUGUCAUACGCUGAUGUACAAGCAAUAGAAAGGCGACUGCUCCAAACAAUGGACAUGAUAGUUGCUAAAAAAAAGCGAAUAGCCUUGGCUAAGAGAGGAGAAGUUAGAUCCUCACAGACUGAUUCUAGAUCUAGAUUAUGGGGAAUGUUGACUCCUUUAGCUGUUAUGAAAGGAGGCCAAGAGAAUAUCAAGCAAUUACAACAAGAAGUAUUAGCCUUAGAGGAAUUGUCGAGACAAUUAUUUUUAGAAGCCCAUGACAUCCAAAACGCUAGAGAACGUUUGGAAUGGGCUGCCACCUGGAAAGGCAAAUAUUUUAACUUUUUAGGAUACUUUUUUUCAAUUUACUGUAUGUGGAAAAUUUUUAUUUCCACGAUAAACAUUGUGUUCGACCGAGUUGGCAAGAAAGACCCGGUGACAAGAGGAAUGGAAAUAGCUGUGCUCUGGAUUGGCUUCAAUAUCGACGUCAACUUCUGGUCACAGCACAUAUCGUUUUAUCUUGUCGGCUGCAUAGUCGUCACGUCCAUCAGGGGAUUACUGCUCACGUUGACUAAGUUUUUCUACGCGAUAUCGAGCAGUAAAUCCUCCAAUAUCAUCGUGCUGAUACUUGCUCAGAUAAUGGGAAUGUACUUUGUGUCGUCGGUGCUGUUGAUGCGUAUGAACAUGCCAGCGGAGUAUCGGAUGAUAAUAACGCAAGUGUUGGGUGAGCUACAGUUCAACUUUUACCACCGCUGGUUCGACGUAAUAUUCCUCGUAUCCGCGCUUUCGUCCAUUGGGUUCCUGUACCUGGCGCACAAACAAGCGCCCACUGAACGCAUGUGAGAAACCCCCGACUAUGAAUGUAACCAUUCGUUAUAUUCACACAAACGCAACGCAGAAACAAUGAAGCAAGAAUGAAGAAUGACAAUUUUUCGAAUAGGUUUUUAAUCACUAUUGUUAAACUAUAAUGCAGCCUACGAAAUUCUAUUUUUUAUACAUUCCGUAAUUGUGAAUUAGAUCGUAUAUAGUAUCGAACGUCUGUCAUACACACGGAAUUUUCAUUUUGAGUGGAGGCACGAGAGCAUUUUAAAAAUAGAUUUUCGUAUGUAAAAAUUGUAAAUAAUGUCUCGAAGGAAGUUUAUGAAUAAAUAAGACUUUACAUAUUA